GCUAUUAUUAAUGCCGCGUUAGCGCUAGCGGAAGCUACUGGAACAGCUCGCUGUUGGGAUUAGCCUGGAGGACGCCGGUGGAGGACGUUUCAUUUCAAUAAAUACAACUCCAAAUAUCUACUUAUAUGUGUCCUGUCACUUAGAAUUGACCGGAAAUGUUUUCCUUCUCGUCCACCGUACAGCCGCAGGUCACGGUUCCAUUGAGUCACCUGAUCAACACCUUUCACUCUUUAAAAGGUUCAGUGGUCAAACCACAGCACAGGGAAAGGAGAACGGAGCAAGAGCUACAGGUCCCAGAGCCGUCAUGGAGCCUCAAAGAUGUGGGACUGACAGAUCUGGGAGCGGGACAACUGGACGAACUUGUGAACAAGCUGCUGCCGUGUGUCACUCAGGACGUGUCUUCAAAAUCCCCUGGAGCUGAAUCACACACCUGGAGGACGUCCUACCUGUCCACUGACUCCUUCUUUCACAACAAAUAUGGUUUUUCCCUAGCCAAGAUGGGAGCCCUAUCUCCGAUUUUCUGCAGACAGAACCCUUCAGCUCUACAGGCCGUGUGUGCUGAUCUGAACAUCUGGCCAGUCUCGAUCCAAAGGCGAGGCUUUAAAACCCUGAGGACCAAAACGAGACGUCUUCAGAGUGGCUUGGACCAAUCGCCGGAACCGGACACGUUCACGCCAUCUUUCAUGAAGGGUUUACUCUUGCGGGACAAAGGACAACUUCCUGAGACUUUAGACACCCUUCUGAAAAGCAAAAACAUUCCCGACGCGCAUCACGACGCUUUCAAGACGGGUUUCGCCGAGGGCUUUCUGAAAGCUCAGGCUCUCACACAGAGAACACAAGAGUCGUUACGGAGAACACGGCUGAUCCUGUUGAUCCUCUUGCUGGUUGGAUUGUAUGGACUCUCCAAAACGCCAUUUCUAUCGGUGCGAUUCCGAACCACAUCAGGCCUGGACUCGGCAGUGGACCCAGUGCAGAUGAAAAACGUCACCUUCGAGCACGUGAAGGGAGUGGAAGAGGCCAAGAACGAGCUGCAGGAGGUAGUGGAGUUCCUCAGGCACCCGCAGAAGUUCACCGUCCUGGGAGGAAAACUACCUAAAGGGAUUUUGUUAGUCGGACCUCCAGGGACGGGGAAAACUCUGCUGGCACGCGCCGUGGCAGGGGAAGCUGACGUGCCUUUCUACUACGCCUCCGGGUCAGAGUUUGACGAGAUGUUCGUCGGGGUCGGAGCAAGCCGAAUCAGGAAUCUUUUUCGCGAGGCCAAAGCGAACGCUCCGUGUGUGAUCUUCAUCGAUGAGCUCGACAGCGUCGGAGGGAAGAGAAUCGAGUCUCCCAUGCACCCUUAUUCCAGGCAGACCAUCAACCAGCUUCUGGCUGAAAUGGACGGAUUUAAACCAAACGAAGGCGUGAUCAUUAUCGGUGCUACAAACUUCCCUGAAGCUUUAGAUAACGCCCUGAUCCGCCCGGGACGCUUCGACAUGCAGGUCACCGUCCCGCGACCCGACGUGAAAGGACGGACCGAGAUCCUGAAGUGGUACCUGAAAAAAAUCAAAGUAGACCCAGCCGUGGAGGCCGAGAUCAUCGCCAGGGGAACGGUGGGUUUCUCCGGAGCCGAGCUGGAGAACCUGGUGAACCAGGCUGCCCUGAAGGCUGCUGUGGACGGGAAAGACAUGGUGACCAUGAAGGAGCUGGAGUUCGCCAAGGACAAAAUCCUGAUGGGCCCGGAGCGCCGGAGUGCAGAGAUAGAUAAGAAAAACAAAGUGAUCACGGCCUACCACGAGUCUGGACACGCCAUCAUCGCAUACUACACCAAAGACGCCAUGCCCAUCAACAAGGCUACGAUCAUGCCAAGAGGACCCACUCUGGGACAUGUGUCCAUGCUGCCAGAGAACGAUCGCUGGAGUGAGACCCGAGCUCAGCUUCUGGCUCAGAUGGAUGUCAGCAUGGGGGGCCGCGUGGCGGAGGAGCUCAUUUUCGGAAAUGAAAACAUCACCACAGGUGCAUCCAGUGAUUUCGAAAGCGCUACAAAAAUCGCCAAGAUGAUGGUAACGCAUUUCGGCAUGAGUGAAAAGCUGGGUGUCAUGACGUACACGGAUCUGUCGAAGCAAAGCCCAGAGACUCAAGCAGCCGUUGAACAGGAAAUCAGGACGCUUCUGAGAGAUUCGUACGAGCGCGCUAAAGCUCUCCUGAAGGCUCGUGCAAAAGAGCACAAGAACCUGGCAGAGGCUUUGCUGAGGUAUGAGACGCUGGAUGCCAGAGAGAUUCAGAUGGUCUUGGAGGGGAAGACGUUGGACAGCAGAUGAGUCUCGCUGUGUGUGUGUGUGUGUGUGAGAGACACAAUGUACAUAAGCAAUACAAGCUUCGGCUUCUUAUGUACGUCAAGCUGAACAAUGAUGUUUAAAUUCACACUACUCCCUAAUUCCCACUCGCCUAAAGGCAUUCCCACUACGUUCUCCACAGUGGAGAGGUGACGUAUGCAGAGAAAAUGUGACGUGUUAUCGCUGCUCGUGGUGGCCUUUAGGAUAACAUACGGGACAUUUGACGCACUUUGUAGGAACGAUGAAUGUGUUUAUAGUACACACUGUCUUUGGGGGGGGGGCACAGCAUGCUGGAUCAUUCGCUCAGAAUUCCAUAGGAAGAUCUACAGAUCAAUACACGAUACUGACUUGACCAAAGACGGGCUUUCACAAAGAAGAAAUCAGAAGCAUGAUGUAUAUCUGGAGAAAACACUGUAGUCAGAAUACUCGCAAGGACAACCAGUGUGUCUGAAAAGGUCAUUUCAUGUAGUUCUCAUUUCCAUCAUUCAUGGUGUCCAUGAAAUUAAAAUAAGAGACAAUAUCAUUAAUAAUGUACAUAUGCUGUAUUAUGUAUUUGGGGGAGAAAAAACUAUAUAUAAAAGCCAUACACAAUCCUAAAACCUCUAAAGGUUGCUGGUUAUCUGUGUGUUGCUGCAGAAAUAAUUCUUAAAGAUAAGUACAGUUUGGUUUGGUCAACCAUUAUCCUUCCUUCAUCCAGUCUACCUUUAGUCCUGUAUAUAUCAAUAAACUUGUGUUAUGUUGGAACAUUUUAUCUUUGUAUAUAGAUGUAUAGAAGAAUGUAAGCUUGGGGUUUGAUGGAUUUUUAUUUAAAGUUGAGCUUGUGUAUCGUGAAUGAUGAAUGAGUGGGGGAAAAAAUGAAUAAAAAAUGAU